UUAUUCUUCAAAGAUGUUGAGGUUUUAUCAAGUCUUGUUUCUGUGUGCUAUUAUUCCAAUUAUAAUUGCCACUCAUUUUCGUGGCGCAAUAUUUACAUGGGAACCUGAUGGUACGCAGAAUGGGGUGCUUAUACACUUUCGAAUAUCAUGGAGAAGAUCAUAUAGUGACCAUUACUUUUGUAACGCUUCAACGAUAACUUCGAGAGCGCUGAUUGGCCAAGAUAAACUUUCAUGUAUGAAAGGCUGUAAAGGGACAGUCGGCUCUCUCAUGUUCCAAUGUACCGACUACGACGCCACGGAAGAUUGGACCACUGGCAGAUAUACAGUACAAUACAACGCCAGUUCACCUUCCUUUUCUUUUGGAUAUUCUAGCUGUUGUUGGAUCAGCACUCUAGACCGCGGAGCCAAUGGAGCCUGGUCACUCAAAGUUACAGUCGACACUACUCGAAGAGCGGACACCGGCAGAAUAAAUCGGUCCCCGACAGUGGAGAUGGUACCGGUUCUUGUACUUCUUGAGGGCUGCAAUUACAUUAUCAAUUUUCCAGUUGGUGACGUGGACGGAGAUGUUGUUCGAUGUCGAUGGGCAGAUGGCUCUGAAGAAUGUAAUGAUAUUUGUGGUCAAUUUCCUGGUGCUGAUUUGAAUGAGAAAACUUGCACAAUGUCAUACAAGGCAACUCAGCGUGGUAUUUUCGCGGUAGCUCUCCAAAUUGAAGACUUUGCUAGCACGGAAUCGACAGUUCCUUUUAGUAGUAUACCGCUUCAGUUUCUCGUCCGUGUAGAAUCAUGCAAGGGUUGCACGUGCGAAAGAGAGCCCGAAUUUGUUGACCCUACACCUAAACCUAACGCCUGUUUUUCGCUUGAUGUUGGUGACAUGUUUAAUGUCACACUGAAAGCUAGGAGUAAAUGGAGGCUUCGUGGUUUGACAACAAUUUCUCCUAUUGGCAUGGAGAAAUCUUAUGAGCUUCACAGUUCGGAUUCUGACUGGCACUACCUGGCUAUACAGUUGACCUGGGUUCCUGAGCAGUCAGACACUGGAAAGGAUCACAACUUCUGUUUCUACGCAACUGACAGUCAUUUGGGAUUAAGCACAAUGGUCCAAUGCAUCAGGAUACCUGUGUCAGUGAAGGAGCCUGCUCCUCUGAGAGUCGAAAGGAUCGGGUUGUCAAACACAUGGGUCAUUGUGAUUGACCAAACAUUUCAGCGACCGACGAACUCUGCCCUUAUAUUUGUUUAUGAUACAGAAUCAAACGAGGCCUUAGUCAGUGUAGACGUUGCAACAUCUUCUGAUGUGUUGUAUGAUCCAAUAAAUCGGAGAAUUACAGUGACGUUUCUAUACACAUUCGAUAUCGACACCAAAUAUCACGUGUCUAUUCCUUCAGGUCUUGUGAAAGGAUAUGUCAGUUGCGGUGCCGUUUCUAAAGCAAUCAAUGACUCUGCGUUUUGGCCCAUUGAACUAGAUUGCGGGGAGAUUAUUGUUCCCAAUGGGAAAGUGACGCCACCAAACGCAACCGCAUAUCCGUCCACUGUCACGUACGCCUGCGAUCCUGGCUACUAUCUUGUUGGUGAUAUUAGCAGAACGUGUCAACCAAACAGGUCUUGGACUGGCGAAAAUUCAACAUGUGAACCAAAAGAUUGUGGAUUUCCACCAGACGUCUUGAAUGGUAAUAUUGUCGCGCCUAAAACAACGUACAGCGAGUAUGCAACAUAUGAAUGUUUGAGAAGGUAUCAUAUUAUCGGCAACAACAGAAGGGUUUGUGAAGAAACUGGACUUUGGAGCCAGAAUAUUCCAGUCUGUGAACUAAUAGAUUGCGGCACCAUAGAUGCCCCUGACAAUGGCUACGUUACGUUCAGUCAGACGUAUGUUGAUGACACAGCUACAUUCAAUUGUUCUCAUGAAUAUCAGUUGGUUGGAAGUUCUAUCUCUGUUUGUCAGAACGAUGGGACUUGGUCAAACCUCCAAACAUCAUGUCAACAGUCUGUGUGCGAGGUCAUCCAUCCUCCAGAAAAUGGGAAACUGAGUGUCUCCUCAGCUCGUUAUAAGGCGACGGCUAUUGUUUCUUGCAAUGUUGGAUACGAACUUGUUGGUGUAUCGGAAUUAAUUUGCCAAGAAAAUGAUGAAUGGAGCGCAGACUUUCCGUCGUGUGAGCCUAAAGAUUGCCGUCUUCCCUCGAACAUAACGAAUGGUGUAGUUAUCUGCAAUAGUACGACAUACCUAUCUGAAUGCUCGUAUGCCUGCUACCCGGGUCACUCUCUGGUAGGGGAGCCGGUGAUUUUCUGUACAGAGGAAGGAAAUUGGAGUGACCACAGCACACUAUGUGAGCUUACAGUGAACAUUGGACGCCAUUUUGUUUAUAUGGAACUGGGACCAAUAACAAAUCUUACUCCCAGUCUGGAAGCAGAGCAAAUAAGUCUGAUUAACCUUGUACAGGUGCAUUCAUAACAUUCGCCGAUGGUGGGCUGGAAAGAAUUACCCAUUCGGAACUCCUCGGCCAUUUUUAUCGAAAACAACCUCGGAUGUAUGCCGUAACAUCAGUAGAAGUAGUUCGUAAAAUUUUGAAUUAUAUUAUUAAUUAAAUGUAGUGUUUGAGCUUGUAUCUGUAGAUCUAAGUUUAAAUGGAUUGCCAAUGAAGUGUAUUAUUGCAAACAUAAUUAAGAUUCCCAAGAGUUAAGUAAUUAAGUUUAACUGCUAAAUUGAAAUUAAUACGCGAUCGACUUGCAGCGUAGUUAAAGUGUACCGAUUUCUGACAUUGCAAACUGUCCAUAUACACCCGAGGUCGAUGAAAAAUGGCCGAGGAGCUUCGAAUGAAGAAUUACCAAGAAUGGUAAGAUGACAGUGGUAAGAUAUUGAAAAGCUACGAAUUCUCCGACAUCCGUUUUCCCACACGCUUCUGACUCAAAGUAAACAUUGGCAUUUUAACUUAAUAUUCACAGACUUAAGAAUACACAUUAAUAUAUUAAUUUAAUAGAUUGAUCAUUUGAUGUUUGAUAUCAUUAGUUAAAGCGGUUAACUAUCGAUUUAUGUACGUCUGUUUCGGAAUAUAAGCUGCUAAAAUUUAAUACUUGAUCAUCAGCAGUUGAAGUAAUUGUUAAUGUAAUAUCUUUUAAAAAAAGAAGAGACUCUAAGCACGUGUGGUUUUUAUACACCAACAUACUUCUUUGUAGUUAAUUUGUGGAGAUUAAUCUUUGGACUUGUUGAUAACUCUUUGCAAAAUAUCCCAAGGUUUUAUAUUUCAUAAACUUGAUUUUCAAAAUCUUUGUAUUCCUGAAUUUCACUUUAAUAUCAAAUGUAUUAAAACAUAAUUAUAGGGUUGUGUAUAGUUCAAGUGAUUGUUAACAGGCAUUUUGCAUACUCACACAGAAGUGGUUGAUAGUUGUAUCAUGUGUAAAACAUUGCUUUUAUAUUACUUGCAGAUUCUUAUGUGCCAAAAGGCAAACGGUCAAGCAAUCUGAAACCGAAUCUGCAGCACUCUUCAAGCCUCGGGUUAUGUUGCAUUAGCCUAAAAAUGAACUGAAACAUUUUUGAAACUCUGUUUUGUCAAAAAUGAUACUUAAAUAUGCUCAAGAACCACAGUUGUUGAUCAAAAUCCAGCUGUUUAAACGGAAAAAAAUGCCUGUUUUCUGAUUUAAUUAUCCAGGAUUCUCAAUAACUUUAGGAUAGACUGUUUCAAAUAAUGAAAAACUCGUCCAUCUACUACUUAUUCUACAUAGAAUUCAUUUUUUUUUCCAAAUUUGAACCGGCCACUUUGCCAUUUGAACCUUUUAAUUUUGGCUGGCAAGACAACUUUUUUUGGUGAACACUGUCAGGACAUAAAAAAAAUUGAAUAAGAGAUGAAACCAGUGCUUUUUUGCACAGAACUUAAUGCAUCCAGAUAAAUCUAUUUAAAGCAUAUAGAAAGUUUAGUUAGAAUACAACUUACAUUUACAGUCAAUGAAAAUGUAGAUAGGCAAUCAUUAAGUUCUAGGCUUAAUCAUUAAGAAUUUCAACUUUCAAGGGUGUUUAAAGAUGAUAUAAAUUUAACUUAUUUUCUGUUUGUAACAUAUUCUUCUUAUGCAUGUGUGUACUUUAUCGAAUGCAGAGAUGCUCCAUUUUAUUUUAGUUGAAAUGAGUAGGAUAACUAAAUGUUUGAUAUAUAGUGUAUAGAUACAAUAUUUUAUUAGAGGUAUUUGUGUAUAUAUUUAAUAAAUUGUCAAUUGCAGCAAAACUGCUUGUUUUAAUA